UUUUGGUGCGGUGGGCCGGAGUGUGCAGAGCGUGUUGGCUUCUCUGUACUGUGAAAUUCAUCCCGUGUUAUCAAUAUAACCUGUUUACAAGAUGCCACCGAAGAAGGGAGGAGAUGGACCAAAGCAGCCGCCUAUUAUCGGACGAUUCGGAACCUCGCUAAAAAUCGGAAUAGUUGGAUUACCAAAUGUGGGUAAGUCGACCUUCUUCAACGUACUGACGAAGAGUCAGGCGGCGGCAGAGAAUUUUCCCUUCUGCACCAUCGACCCAAAUGAGAGUCGUGUACCUAUUCCAGAUGAGCGCUUCGACUUUCUCUGCCAAUACCACAAGCCUGCCAGUAAGGUUCCAGCUUUUCUGAAUGUGGUGGACAUCGCCGGCCUGGUGAAGGGUGCUCAUGCUGGACAGGGCUUGGGCAAUGCCUUUCUCUCUCACAUCAGUGCCUGUGAUGCCAUCUUCCAUAUGACUCGAGUAUUCGAGGAUGAGGAUAUCAUCCACGUGGAGGGGUGUGUGGACCCGGUCCGGGACAUUGAGAUCAUUCACGAGGAGCUCAGGAUGAAAGAUGAGGAGAUGAUCGGUCCAAUCAUAGACAAACUUGAGAAAACAGCUGUAAGAGGUGGAGACAAGAAACUCAAACCUGAAUAUGACAUCAUGUGUAAAGUUAAGUCGUGGGUGGUCGACGACAAGAAACAUGUCCGCUACUACCAUGAGUGGAACGAUAAAGAGAUUGAGGUGUUAAACAAAUAUCUGUUCCUGACAUCCAAGCCUAUGAUCUAUCUGGUGAAUCUCUCAGAGAAAGAUUACAUCAGGAAAAAGAACAAAUGGCUGGUGAAGAUUAAGGAGUGGGUAGAUGCUCACGAUCCUGGUGCUCUGGUCAUCCCGUUCAGCGGUAGCUUUGAGAGCAAUUACCAGGAUAUGGAUGAUGAUGAGAAACAGAAAUACUGCGAUGAAAGUAAAUCCCAGAGUGUCUUGACCAAGAUCAUUAAGAGUGGAUAUGCAGCUCUGCAGCUGGAGUAUUUCUUUACUGCAGGACCUGAUGAAGUACGCGCAUGGACCAUCAGGAAAGGCACAAAGGCACCACAGGCAGCUGGUAAGAUCCACACGGACUUUGAGAAAGGCUUCAUUAUGGCAGAAGUCAUGAAGUUUUCUGACUUCAAAGAAGAGGGGAGUGAAACUGCAGCCAAGGCUGCAGGAAAGUACAGACAGCAGGGAAGGAACUGUAUAGUGGAGGACGGAGACAUUAUCUUCUUCAAAUUCAACACACCCAAUCAGCCGAAGAAGAAAUGAUUUCACUUUCAAGCCUUAAUCAGCUUGGCUGGACUGUGGAGUUGGGGAGAAUUGUGCUACAGAUGUAAAGAUUAACAGAUGAGCUUCAUUUACUCCUGGCUUCUGAACAUUCAGGUCAUACACAUGAACUUUGUGUUUGUUCAUUUUAGCUUUUGUUAUUUGGGUCUCGUACCUGAUGUUUCUUUUAUAGCUUGUUCACUUACAUUCAAAUGCUCUUUGGAACACAGCAGAACCAGACGGCCAACUCUAAUAAAACACUUCUACACACCACAA